UCAUAAAAAGUGAGCUGUUCGUGUUGUCUCUCGCUCUCUCGGCCUCACAGUCCUGCCUUGAGACGGCGCUCCCCUGUCAUUGCCCCUGCCGCACUAUAAUCCCACACCUCCUAUCCGCUUCAUCAUGAACGCCGUAAUAAAUUGACUGGAGCGCGGUGAUGAUGAAUCGCACGAGUUAAAUCCUCCUAUACUGCGUGUCCGAGGGGCAUAGCUGCAGCCAGUGCAAAACAUUUGCAGGAAUGAUUCUGGACAACUGCCAAACACUAAAAUCUUGGUGCAUAGCCUACAAAUGGAGUAAAAGCGACGUUGAUAGGCGGUCUGUCCCGAGAGCCAUUCGGCAAACAGCCUGAUGGACGAGGAAACACCGUGCUGUUUUGGCACCGAAACGCUCUAAAUGCAGAACAGAGUCGAGCGGAAAUGUUUUUCAGCAUCUGUUUCUUAAUCUGACGCAUCUGAUGCGCUCAGUGUUUCAUGAUGUAUUUGACCACCCUCAUGUCUGAUGUUCUUUUAUGACGCGAUUUUUCUUUUUCUUUUUUCUUUUUUAAAUACAUUUGCGUUUCCCCGCAGUAAAUCUGAAGCCUUAAAAGGAGGAUGAUAGCUUCGGUAUUUGUCGUGGUAAUGUCCUCGGUUUUUUUUAAUCCUAGUUUUGCCUUCAGUUCGCAUUUCGACCCAGGUGGCUCCCCACUGAGUGAAUUAUCAUGGCCGUCCUCUCUAGCAGUAGUGGCUGUCUCCUUCUCGGGUCUUUUCAUAUUCGUCUUCCUCAUGCUGGCCUGCCUGUGCUGCAAGAAGGGUGACAUCAGCUUCAAGGAGUUUGAAAAUGCGGAGGGGGAAGAGUGCCGAGCUGAUCUAUCCACUUUAGCCUCCCCCAGCUCUCAGAAUGAUCCUGAGGUUUACAUCCUGCCCCUUACAGAGGUCUCACACCCUGUGUCCAAACAGCCAAGCAAAUCAUUUCAGCUGCUGAAGUCUGUUGAUCUUGGAAGACAGAGCCUCCUCUACAUAAAAGAAAUUGGCCAAGGCUGGUUUGGCAAGGUUUUACUUGGGGAGGUGAAUGCUGGACUCAGUACCACACAGGUGGUGGUUAAGGAGCUAAAGGCUAGUGCCAGCAUACAGGAGCAGAUGCAGUUCCUGGAAGAGGUCCAACCUUACCGGGUGCUCCAGCAUCCUGCCCUGUUGCAGUGUCUGGCCCAGUGCUCAGAAGUCAUGCCCUAUCUGCUGGUUAUGGAGCAUUGCCCCCUGGGAGAUGUUAAGGGAUACCUGCGCAGCUGUCGGGCAGCAGAAACAGUGACUCCUGACCCUUUGAUUCUUCAGCGAAUGGCAUGUGAGAUUGCAUCUGGCCUUCUGUACCUGCACAAACACAAUUAUAUUCACAGUGACCUGGCCCUCAGGAAUUGUUUGAUGACCUCAGAGAUGGCAGUGAAAAUUGGAGACUAUGGUCUUAGCCGCAGCAAGUACAAGGAUGACUAUUAUGUGACAGCAGAUCAAAUAUGGGUUCCACUUCGCUGGAUUGCCCCAGAAGUUAUUGACGAAGUUCAUGGCAAUCUUUUAGUAGUGGACCAAACCAAAGCCAGCAAUGUCUGGUCACUGGGUGUAACAAUAUGGGAGCUGUUUGAACUGGGUAACCAGCCUUAUAGGCACUAUUCUGAUAGGCAGGUUUUAACAUAUGCUGUGAAGGAACAGCAGGUCAAACUGCCAAAGCCCCUGCUGAAAGUGCCUCUGUCUGAGCGCUGGUUUGAGGUAAUGCAGUUCUGUUGGCUGCAACCUGAGCAGAGGCCUAUGGUGGAGGAGGUUCAUCUACUACUAAGCUACCUGUGUGCUAAAGGUGCCACUGAGGCUGAAGAAGACUUUGAGAAACGCUGGAACUCUCUGCGGCCGAGUCUGGGCUCCACCAGCUCUAACAGAACCUCUGCACCUGAGGCAGCCUCUUCCACUUCUUCUUCAUUUCCUCUACUUAAACACUUCUCGAUGGCAGACAGCUUCCAGUCUGAGAAUGGGGACGACAUAUUGACUGUAACUGAGACCAGCCAUGGGCUCAACUUUGAAUAUAAAUGGGAGCAUGCCCGAGCUGAGCAGCCCUACUGCUCCUCUUCAGCUAGUGGACUGCUGGGAAAGAAUAAUCCACAUUACCAAGAUGUAUAUUACCCUCUUAGCAAUUCCACAGGUAGCUGCAAGGGUGAGUGCCUCCCUCUUGGGGUCUCUCCAUCCUACUAUGAGUCAGACCAUCCUGGGGUGGUUCCAGUGUUGAGUGCACACAGCCCCUCGGUAAGCAGUGAGUAUUACAUCCGUAUUGAGGAACCAGUUGAUUGUAACAUUAACUUAGAAGACAGCACUCUCGAUUACAGUCCAAGAGUUGAGGCCAGCAACAGCAGCCUGUCCACUAUGAGCAGGAGGAGCCCAAUUGGGCUUCAGCCAAACACUUAUUCUGCAGAGACUGGUCAGUCUGAGUAUUUCUCUUCCAAUGACAGACAAAGUUGCCAGGUUGAACAGUCACCACAAGAUGCUCGUUUGACUGGAGGUCAUGGUUCACACUCUCAUCAGCAAAGAAGAGGGUCGGGAAGCCUCUACUGUCGACUGGAGGUGGUACAGGACAGCCCACUUGGUGUUUCUGUUUCACUUAGCAGUCCCAGCCUGGCACACUGUGACCCCUACCUUGAGUCUAACCAGACAGCUGUAGAAAGAAGCAAGGCUAAUGAGGCCUACUAUGACAUGAUGGGCCCCCUACAUAAAAAUGUGCCCAGACCCCACUACAUGAGUGUUGAUAUCGAUGCUGGUGAUGGCCUUCUUCUGGGUAGUGGGAGUGCCGAUCAAGAAGAUGAUGAAGAUCUGUUCUCUCAGAAUGUGUUAACUAAUUGGAACUCCAACCACUCGGCAAACAACAACAGUUUAAGUGAUCGUAUGCAAGCUGUUGGUUUUCAAGACGCAUACUUUGAUUUACGCCACCCCACACCUUCCUUUCAUGUCGAGAAACUGAAAUCAAGAGCACUGGAAACAAGCAACAGUUGUACGUAUAAUUCCAGUGAUUUUCUCAAAGUUCACUCAUACAUUGAUGCUACACAUAGUACACCAAUCAUUGGCAAUUCUCACUUCUCUGAGUGUGGUGAAUAUCUACAUCUGUGCCCUGAAACUAGUCAGGAUGUUGAUUUAUCUUCAAAAUGUCAUUUUGUCAGAGAAAGUCAGCAUAUUCAUACACAGCAGAAGAAUAUUGCUCAUAAACAUAUCAAAGACAAUAUGUCAGGCCUCCUUGUAGGCGGUAACAGUGGAAUGAAUCCAUCAACUCUUCCAAUGGAGAUUGUAGUGACUAAAGAAAACAUAUUAUUCGACACAAGGAUAUCCCCUGCACAAAAAUGUAAACUUGGAUCAGAUGGUUCCGGUGGAGUGCGUUUAAAGAUGGUAUCAUGCCAUAAGGAUCUCCCUAAGAAUGUUUCAGAGUGUAGCAAUUUGACAGAUAGCAUAAUCAGGCCCUUUAACUCCAGUAUCAGCUUGGUGGAGAUUAACGACUGCAGUGAUGAUGAUGUCACAGACAGCACCUCUGGAGUCUCUGCACAUUAUCCCUUGGACUAUGCAGGGAUAGGUAGUACUGAUGUGACUCAUAGACCAUUGCCAAGAGAACCUGGGUCUAGACACCACAAGGACACAAUUAACCUUGCCUCUAGCAGCAGUCCAUGUGAGGCCUUCAGUCCUGACAGUUGCCACACAACCAUUCAGCCCAAAUCCCUAGAUAGUGGCUAUGACACUGAGAACAAUGAGUCACCAGAGUUCAUCAUGAAAGACCUUGAAGGCAAUCCAGGCCUUAGCACCAGUGUGGAAUCAGAUGAGUGUGACAUGGUCCUCCAGAUGGACUUAGAUGAAGAUGUCAGUGUAAUACUCCUGGAUCCAUCCAUCAGCAAUCAUCUACAGCUGAUCGGCCUUGGUGAGAGGAAUCAGUACAGAGACUCUGCUUAUUUUUCUGACUAUGACACAGAGAAUGACAAGAGCCCCAGUGAAGGGUGUCACAACUUCUUUGUUCGCAAUGGGGAUGAUGUUUUUAAGUUCAAAGCUGAGAAAGAGGGCUCAGGAAAGACAGUUGGGAGAAACGGACAUAGUGCAGAAAGAGAGGAUGAAUAUGACAUCUUAGAGUCAAAGGGCAGCCAUGCUGUGCUUCUUGCUAAACAAUCAUGUCUUAAAAAGACAAAUCAAGAUCUAUGUUUGUCUGCUACAUCAGUACCAGUGAUUUCCAUGCUUUCUCCCUUUCCUCCAGAAAUGGGAGGAUGCUUGACCAAGGAGUCCACACAAGAUGACAGUAUUGGGCUGGAAUCUGAUCACUCUGGAGAGGAUCCAAAUUCUGAAUGUAACUCCUCCACAGCGUCCGAAGGGUCGACCUCAACACAAGAGGCUUUAGGUUUGGAGGACCAGGCUAAUGGAGACACCAGAGAUUUUUUGUCAGCAGAAUCACUGGGCUCAGAUUCUACCAUAGUAGAGUUUAGAGGGGAGAUAAUCCAAGCGAAGGAGCAGGAGGCCUGUAAUAACAAAGUGGACAAUACAGAGCUCCUAAAUGAUGGUAACAACAAGGAAAGGGAAGAUGUAGUGGAUGAAGUGGAAAAUGGCGGCAUAGGUCAGUCACAUUCAAGACCAAAGCGAGAUGAGUCCAUGGAAAACAUUCUUCCGGCCUUGCCAGAAGAUAUAGAUGUACCAGCUCCACUUGGAAAUGGAGAGGAGGCAGAUGAGGAGCAUUCAGAGGAUAGUGAAGAUUCUGAUGAAGAACUUCGUUGCUACAACAUACAGGAUCAGAGUGAUGAGAGUGAUGAAGAGUGCCCCAUGGUGCCUGUCAUUGUGAGUGACCAUAACAGUGCAUGUCAUCUGCGCAGCCUCCUCAAAAUGCCCUCUAUACUUACACAGUCCUUCUGCGAUGAGCUGGAAAACAAGAAAAAAGUUGUGUCGUUCUUUGAUGACGUCACUGUUUUUCUGUUUGACCAGGAGAGCCCCACUGGUGAGCUUGGAGACUACAGUUUUCCUGUGAAGGCAGAAUCCAAUUGUCAAGCUUCAGAGAUGGAGUCACCACAAGAAAGGGUCAAUGCGACUGAGGAUUCAUCAGGCAGGAAUGUCCCCGAAGAAAUUGGGGUAUUUGAGUGGCAAGAUGAAUUUCCAUUGAUGACGAGCCCCUCAACAUCAGAACCUGGAUCUGAAGAAAUCACAACACCCCCCAACUCACCCGUCAAAUCUCCAGAUGAAAAACCAGCACCACCGCUCUCCCGAUUUAAUGUCUCUCGUUUCUCCAUCACGCAUGUGUCGGACCCCCACAUGAACUUCAUGGGAGGGAACAGUGAAAAUGGAGACCAGGAGUGAAGGGGUCAUUUUAACCUAUUAAAUGAUGUGUUUAAAACCUCUUUAGUUUGAUUUGGCUGGAUCAGGCUAUGGGUUCUCCCGUAUUGCUUUGUUUUUUUUUUUUUUAAUUUGUUUUGUUUUUAACGUGCUGGAUGAAAAAGUCCUGUGAACCUGAUAUGCUGUUUGGACACAGUGCCUCAUACUGACCGUAGCCAGCUACUUCCUUGUGUUCCUAGACAUAUGGUGGUUGAGUGACAGUCUCUUGAGGACAACAGUUAUAAAAACAGUCAGAACAUAUUUAUUAUCUAUGUAUUAUCAUAAUGUAUGAAGAUUAUAACUUAUUUGCACAAUUCAAUAUCAGUACCAUGCUGAAAUCAUCCUUUUUACACACACUGUAGGAAACAAAAUAGAGGCUGCUCUCCUCAUUUGCUUAUCAUGCACCAUGUUGUCAAUCUGUGGUUUAAAGCCCUAAUGAUCUUAAUGCUUCAAAUGAUUUAGGUCGAGAGCCAAUGAGCUGCAUAAAAUAGCAUUACAGGAUGUAAUGCCCCAUAAAAAGAAACUUUUAGCAAAAAUAUUUUAGCUCAGGGGUGUAAGGGUGGGUUAAAAUAUGAGAUAUUAGACAUAUAAACAAUCGAGCUUCAAAGUAUUUACACAUUCUGCUGUUUUUUUUUAUUUAUUUUUUAUGCCUAAUAGCUUUCUCUAUUCACCAUGAACAUGUAAAUGCACUUUCAUCAUUUGAACUAAAAAUGUUUUAUACAUCUCUUUCUUUAUAAUGUACUACUUCACACAAAACAAGACCAUAUUUAUAUCUUUGCAAAAGUAGAUCUGGAUCUAAAAGUCUAGAUCUUAAUUUAUCUUAUAAAAUAGAAGACUUCUCUGUACAUACACAAAACAUUUUACAAAACACAGUUAUAGAGUAGGCUAAUUGUUUGCUCUGAGGAAUCAUGACAGUAUUGCAGAAGAAUCCCUAAGUCAGGUAGAUGACAUAAGAUGGUACUAGUGAGAAGUUUAAUGAUGCUUGUCAAGAUCAAAAUUUUAGGAAGGAGCAUUGCCUAGCGGUCAAUCUCAGGCAUGAAUAACAUUUGCUUUGAAUCUGAGAGCUUUGAUUGCAAGGAAUGAGCAAAAACCAGAGGGCUAUCGAAGUUCUGCACUUUAAAAUAAACAUGAAUCAAAAUGGACCCUAUUUACUUAAUGCACUCUCCUGGUUUUACUGUGCACAAUUCAUUGGUGCACAUUAUUCCAAAAACAUUUGUGCUCAUCUUUUAUCAAAUGUAAUAACUUGCUCUGCCUCUGAGAUGACUUUCCUUGUCAUCUGCCAUCAUGCUUGCUUUUUUAGCCCCCCCCCCCCCCCCAACCACCUGUCUUAUACUGUAGAGACUAAUCAGAUUUUAAAAUCCAAUCAAUUCCGAUGAAUAAAGUCAAGUCCCGCCUUUUUUUUUUUGUUGUUGAAUAUCCUUUUUUCACGUGAAAAUACAUUAGAUCACAGAAAAUGAAAGGAUUGCAAACUGCUUUUCAUGUUGAAUUUGUGGUACUCAAAUUCAAGAAGCAUAACUUCAAUUUAGAGGAAUAUUCCGGGUUCAAUACAAGUUAAGCUCAGUCGACAUCAUUUGUGACAAAAUGCUGAUUACCACAAACAUUAAUUUCAACAAAAAAUCUAGGUUACAGUGAGGCAGUUAAAAUAGAAGUGAACCGGGCCAAUUGUUGGAGGGUUUAAACAAAAAGUGAAGCUUAUCAUUUUAUAAAAGCACUUACAUUAAUUCUUCUGUUAAAACUCAUUAAUAAUAAUAAUUACUUGAGCUGUAAAGUUGUUUAAAUUGUCAUUUUUACAGUUGUUUUAGAGUUUGUUGACAUUACAUCAUCAUGGUAACGAAGUUGCAAAAUUGGAUAUAACUUUACACAGAAAAGGUUAAUAAGUGAUUUUGUCACACUAAAAUCAUGUUAACAUGCAUAUCCUUUAUUUCUUGUAGCUAUACUUUUGAAACGGUGAGUAUUUGAACGUUUUUGGAUUGGCCCCCAUUCACUUCCAUUGUAAGUGCCUCACUGUAACCCAGAUUUGUGCUUUUUUUUAGAGGAGGAACGAGUUGAACUUCAUUUUUGUGGUAAUCAACAUUAUGCCACAAAUGCUGUCGACUGAGCUGAACUUGUAUUGAACCCGGAACAUUCCUUUAAAGAAGGAAGAAUGACCAUCUCGUCUAUGAAUAAAAUCUAUUAUUAACAAUGGCAGCUCCCGCAGAUCUGAUCCUCCAUCUGUGAUGAUGCCUUUCCUCAUUACAGAAAUGUUAUUUCUAUUACCUCCAAAAAUACUAGAAAUAUUACAGAUGGUCCAGAUGGCAUGUUGACCCCACCUGUUUCCGCAAAGUUCUCAGUAUAUUACAGUAUGUCUUUUGCCCCUAUAUGAUCUGAUGUGUUUCACAGAGAAAUGUACAUGGUUUACACAUUAAACUGUUUAAAUGUAAUGUGCAGCUGUACCUGUCAUGCUCUGCCUUGAAUCACUGGAGCCCACACACAUUUGUGCCAAUACUGUAAGCAUCACAAUCACUGCACUGUAGCCUCGCUUUCUCGCUGUAUGCCUUUCAAGAGUUUUAUACUGUGCUAAAACUUGCAGAAUUAGGUUCUUCAUCACAUUCAAAACAUCUGUGUUUCACUUGAGAGGUUAUGGUUGCCAAAGUGAGGUAAAAUGAAAAAGUGAACUGAAUGAUUCUUGAAUGUAGAGGUGAGAAGUCUGUUGUUACUGCCUCAUAAUUAUCAAACCAUAUUUCCUCACAACUCAUGCUGUACUAUUCUAAAAAAAUAAACCCAACCAUAGUUUG